AUGAGAAUCGUCGCGCUGGGCCUCCUGCUGAAAGAGGUCGUGGCAAGAGUCCAACUGAUGGUAGGCGAUCCCACGGCUGUGGAGAAUGCGAUGAAGCACCAGUGGCUCGACCAGCAGAAGCGCUUCGUGUAUCAGGAGUGGAACUCGGCCACCAAAAAGGUGGAGCCGUCGGCGACAGCCAAGAGCCUGAAGGUGGAAGAGGCGACGGAGCUCAUCAACCAGGUCGCCGAGCUAUGUCUGCCGGAUCUGGUCACCAGGUUCUGCGCCCAAAGGCGUCCCAAGCAAGAGCCCCAGGAAGGCGACAAAGCAGUGUUCCUCAUCGAAGUAGCCAUGAGAGACCCGAGAGCAGACAUCCUGCAUCAGAAACUGCGACAGUUGGCCAACUGCGCGGUUUGGAAUGUGGUGGGGGCGCAACUGCAGCCGCCAAACCAGCAACGCCACGGCCUGGCAAUGGCACUGCAAAAGGCCCUGGAAAACAUCUGA